AGCCUGAUGUUCGUGCUGCUGCCCGUCAAGCUGCUAUUGCCAAGUCUAAGGAAAGCAAGAAGGCUGCUCAAGCUGCUAAGAAAGCUUAAAUCAUUUAUUGGAUUGCUCUUUCUCUCUCUAUCUCUCUCCCUUUGCCUUUCUAUCUCUGUAUUAAAAUAUGCCUAUGGACAUUUUCGAUCCCGCACCUUAUUUUUUUUUUUUUUUGUGAAUAAAAAAAAUUUCAAAUUUUCCUUUUCCCCUUUUCUCUUUCUUGUUCUUUCGUCCUUUUUUUUUUUUUAAUAAAAUGACUUCUCCCGUUGAUCAGUUUCGAUUAUGUCCUGUAGGUUUAUUAACCAACGAAUAUUAUGAUAACAUCGAUACAUUUGUUCAAGAAGCUUCUGAAGCUGGACAUGAUUUCGUAGCUACUCCUAUGGCUCAUCCAAGUUUCCGUCGCGUACUUCAUGAAGAUAAAAAGGAUAUCAACAAGUCUGCCAUAGAUCAAUGGCGCAAUGCUCCCGUAUUUGAUCGUCAAGAUCUUAUCCUUCAGUCAGCUGGUUGUUCAGAUAUUGUAGUUGGUAUGUUAGCUGAAUGGUUACAACUUGAUUCUAUCGAUGAAUCUAUUCGAGUCAACUCUGAAUUGGCAUUGAAACAAGAACUGGCGUGGGCAAGUCAUCUGGGUCUACUUUCUGUCAUUUAUCCUGGAUUACCAAAAGGUGCCCUGUCAAACACUGCACGUGCUAUUAAUCAUGCGACUGGCUCACUAUCAUUCACUCAAUUAUGGGUUCGAAUACCUAUCAGUGACACAGAGAAUAUGGAAAAAAACAGUACUUGGAAACAAUGGAACAAACUUCGCAUGCUGACGGAACAAAAUACCAAAAUCUAUGUUGCAUUGGAACUCACUGAAGACCUUCCUCAUGAUGAUAUACUAGAUAUGUGGCUUGCUGAACCUGUCAAAGCAUUGAUCGUCCCAGCGGAAGUGUUUAUCCCCAAUGCCAAAGGCUUUCCUGUAUUACCAAAACGUCAUCAAGCAUUUGUGAAAAAGGUUAUGGAUAAGUUACGGCCAAAUAUACUUGUCACCGUUCCAAUUGUUCAUAUUCAUGCUAGUGCUACCCCAUCUACCUACCAAGAAUAUAUCAGGUACUUGAAUCGAAAUCUACCCGAAUUGGAUCAGGUCAAUCAAUUUGCUACUGGUUAUCAAGAUUAUCUUCAGGCACCUUUACAACCAUUGAUGGAUAAUUUGGACAAUAAUACUUACGAAACAUUUGAAAAGGAUCCCAUCAAAUAUCAACAAUACGAACAGGCUGUGUACCGUGCCUUACUGGAUCGUGUUGAACCCGAGUCUGACAUUACUACUAUGAUCAUGGUGGUUGGUGCUGGUCGUGGUCCUUUGGUAGAUUGUUGCUUGAGAGCUGCUUCCAAAUCUGGGCGCAAGAUCCAUUUAUAUGCUGUUGAAAAGAAUCCAAAUGCCUUUGUCACAUUACAAAAUAAGAAAGCAAACGAAUGGCACGAAAAAGUGGAACUAGUGUUUGCAGAUAUGCGCAAAUGGAAACCGUCAAAAAAAUGUGAUAUUCUUGUUAGUGAAUUACUGGGUUCUUUUGGUGACAAUGAAUUAUCUCCUGAAUGUUUGGAUGGUGCUCAAAAGUUUUUGAAAGAUGAUGGUAUCUCUAUCCCUGCAAACUAUACGACAUUUGCAGCACCACUGGCAUCUACCAAACUCUACAACGAGGUGGCGGCUUAUAAGGAUUUAGAGCACUUUGAAACACCAUAUGUAGUGAUGUUCCAACAAGUAUGUGAACUUGGCCCUUCUCAACCUCUUUGGACAUUUGAACAUCCUAAUCACAACUAUCCUACGAUGGACGAUGAUCCGAUCAACAACCUUCACAAUAUUCGAUAUAGCCAGACCAAAUUUACUGUGGACAAGACAAUGACAAUGCAUGGUGUGGCUGGAUACUUUGAAUCCGUACUUUACAAAGAUGUGACGAUUUCCAUUCAUCCCGAUACCCAUUCUCCUGGUAUGUUUAGUUGGUUCCCAAUCUUCUUCCCUAUCAGAACACCAUUACAAGUUCCUCAAGGUGCACAAGUAUGCUUGGACUUUUGGCGACAAACGGACAAGAAGAAAAUAUGGUACGAAUGGGCGGUAACGAUCUCCAAGGACAAUGAAGAUUUGGCCAUUACACCAAUUCACAAUGUUGGAGGACGAUCAUACUGGGUUGGAUUAUAAUCAUAUUAGAUAGUAUCUCAUUUUAUUUGAUCAUUAUUAUUUUCAUCAUUGACUUUAUUUUGUUUUAUUUAUUUAUUUUAUCAUUGUUUUUUUUUUUUUUUUGUACCUUAUUCAUUUAGCAUGUUUCAAUAAAAACAAAACAAAUCUAGACAACCACUUAUCUUCUUCCUUUUUGUGUUAUCAUUUUCAUUGUCA